AUGAACGAUUCGGUGAAGAAGAGGAGGAAGAGGGCCACAAAGAGUGGUCAGUGGUUGACAUUAGAGACACUUCCGACUGAUAUUCUGUACGUAAUCGUCGGUUAUUGCGAUACAAGAAGUUUGUUGUGUUUGAGUCGUUGUUCACAAAAGUUGUUUCAUUUCGUGACAAACGAUCCCUACGUUUGGCUCAAUCAAAGUCUCAAUGUUUUGGCCACUAAUCAGACAUCACCUCAAAUACAAUGCAGAUCUUCGCGACUCCUCUCACCCAUAGAGAAGUGCCGGAUAUCGUCGAAGUGGAGGAAUGGUGUCUACAAUGAGAAGAUUAUUAUUGGCCACAAAUGCAGAUAUAUGCCAUGGAUUUGCUUACAAAACGAUCUCUUGUGGUUCACAAAGGGUUCACAAAUCAUUAAAUACAAGAGAAAUGUCAAAAACGGAUCCAUUUCUAAGCAUUUGGUGCAAAAGGUGUUGAAAACCAAUGAAGAUAUUUGUCGUUUUGUUGUGAGAGAAGAGUUUGUGGUCUCUUGUGGUCGAAAGGGAACGAUAGCUGUUUGGGACAAAUGUUGUGAUAAACGAGUCUUAUAUCAAAAUCAGUUACAUUUAAAUGAUAUAAAUUGUGUGGACUUUUCUAAAAACAAAACAAUUAUAUCCGGUUCUAAAGACAAACACAUUAAGAUCUGGUCUCUUGUUUGCGACAAAUGGGAAUCAAAUUAUGCCUUAAGACUUGAGAAAACAAUCGCUGUUAACGAUAGGGUUUUGAGUUUAGCUAUCAAUGAGUUUAGCGGUAACUUUAUAUCGGGUUCUGCGGGUUGUGGUCCUCUCCAACCCUUACUAUUAUUUGAUAUCCAAAGUGGUCAACUUUUGGACCAAUUUGGAGUCGACCACAAAAGAGGGGCCGGAGUUUUGCACAGCUUUUGGGAAUCAAAUAAUGAGGUGUUUAGUUGUGGUUACGAUAGCUUUGUCCGGUUGUGGGACACCAGUGUGAUCAAUAUGGAAGAUCCGCACGACUCAGUCGUAUACUGUAUUUCAUCGGAUCAUUCAUUCACUGUUAUGUCCGGAACCGCCAGAUAUGGUCUGACAAGACUUUGGGACAAAAGGUAUCCCAAGAAAUGCAUUCAAAUGUAUUACGUCGGCACCAAUAAUAGUCCCGUUUAUUCCCUAUCCUUUGACCCGCUCUGCGCUUAUAUAGCGCUCGAGUCUUCCAUUAAUUUAUUGUCAUUUAAUUAAAUUAUUCAAAAUUUUUAUUUAAUAAACAGUAUUUAAAAAUUA